CAACAUUCUACACAUUACAGGACUAGACAACACCGUUAACACAACUUCUCCGGUACCAGGAGGAGUUCAUCAUCCCUCACACGUUAUUACUGCCUUGCUAACACUCCCGGUUCACAGAGAAGUUUCUGACUGAAGAAACUGCAAGGCAGGAAAGAAGCGUGAGGAAAACAGGCGACAGAAACUCUGACGGAGAAGAUUUAAAUUAUAGAAUGGGGAACAGCCAGUCCACUUCUGCAGGAUUGUCUCAUGAUGCUGCUGUGAAUAAAAUACAGGAYAUUAUUUCACACAACUGUGUGGUGAUUUUCUCUAAAACCACAUGCCCAUACUGCAAAAUGGCAAAAAACCUGUUUGAGGGCUUGAAUGUGAAUUACACAGCUGUGGAACUGGAUGWCAAUACAAAUGGAAGGCAGUUCCAAGAAAUUCUGGAGAAGAUGACUGGUGCCAGAACUGUCCCAAGAGUCUUUAUCAAUGGGACUUGUGUUGGMGGUGCAACAGAUACUCAGAAGCUCCAUGAGGAAGGCAGACUGCUUCCUUUAGUUCAUCAGUGUCAAAUGAAAGCAAAUUACUGAGCAACCCUCUCCAGCUUCGCUUUGUCUUCCUUUGUAUGAACARAAUUUCAGAUGAAUUCAGAAAAUCACACACGGCGUGAGCUGCACUCGGCAACCUCAAACCAUGGCUUUCUGAAUCACAGAUCCCUCUCUGACAGACUUUAUGGACUUGGCAAAUUACUUGGUGUCCUUGCCUCAGCUUUCCCACAACCCAAAUGGUCAUUAGCAAACAUGAUGUAACUCUUGGGGCUCUUAGUGAGACAGUGUUGUCAUUUCACGGCGAUUACGUCCUGCUCCGGGGAAGUCCGGCCUCUGCAAAGAGAAUCCUGUGGGUUUUGCUGCACGUCGAUUUGCUUUCUAGCUUUGUUCCAAUAAAUUGUCUGUUUAAUUUAAUCGUUUCUCUAAAUAUAAUUCCUGUCUGUCCAACUGAAAUGAAGGAAGUGUGAAGCAAACCCAGUUUGUAGCUAUAUUGGUGUAUGCAUGUCAAUCUCUCUUGUAUUCCAGUGCCUGAUCACCCAGCUCCCACACUGUGUCCCCACUCGAACAGAAAAGGGAAUAAAGAUUCUGGCAGCUUUGGAGAGUGAGAGCUUUCAUCUUUCCUCUGCACUGUSAAGUCUCAGUCUGCACACUGCUGUUCAGGAAUGUCCUUCCAGGGGGGCAGACAGCUGAAACACUCAACUGCAAACAAWGAUACAAUCAACCCAACAACAGAAACGUAACACCAGGUGAAAUGGGUCUAAUAUGCAUAGAGUUUAUUUAGUACUUAAAUUCUACAGUCAGAAUGCAGUUUACUAGCCAUUUUAACUUUCAGUUAAAUGUCUAAAAGAAAUGACUAAAAUUCCAUAGUUUCAGUACAAUGUACAUCCAAAGCCAGACCAGGCAAUGCCAAGACUCUUGGUUAUUUCAAAGAAGUUCAUAUGCAAAUAGAAAAUUAUAGCCCAUUCUUCAGUUAAAGGGACCAUUACACAACUAAAGGUGCACACAUUAGAAUAAAAACAUUAGUCAAUGAAUUUUUUACUCACUUUUUGUGAAUUAAGACUCUUGUUAUUUCCAUUGCUUUCAGCACUGCAUGUACCUAAACUACUUUUUUCCCCUCGAGGGAGAAAAGCAUCAAUCUUCACUUGCAGCUAACUAGGACUGCAUGAACAYAAAUUAACUUGUCAGCUUCAUUUUUUGUGAUGCAGGUUUGAACUGAGUUUAAACCGCAUCAUUUGUAGCAAUUCUUUACUAUCCAGUUGCYUGCAUUGUGCAUCUUUAAUGUGCAAUCAGCUAAUUAAACACACUGACCUUGUUUCAUUUUUAUUAUUGCAGUUUACUGUAUGGUGCUASGACAGUCAUCAGGGUAAACACACAAAUGUGUACCGGUCUCUGAAUUUACACUUAAUAAAGCAAUUUGUUUUGCACAUACAGUCAUAUAAAAACACCAAGUAUUCUUUUUCUCUGUGUAGAAUUCUUCGGCCAGUGAUGUUUUUUCAGAAGCUUAACAGUAAUUUUGUCCCCAAAGCUGAUAAACCCAUCACUUAAAAAAAUAACAACAGUAUGCAAAGGAAUUUUUCAGACCUUUUCAUUUUGUUCCCUGUUUAGGGGCAUGUUUUUUUAACCAGUAGUCUAAAAUAACCCUUUGAGUUCCAAGUUUUGGAAGUCCCAGGGCAUUGUCACUUAAGGCAAAUUCUCAUCCAGCUGUUGAGGAAACCAGCUGUGUGCCUGCAGAUCCAAGUGAGUGCCCCUUCUUUAAAUGAGAUCUAGCUUAAGGCACCCAAAGGGUUAAUUAUGUUUCUUUUUAACCACAUUAAGGCUCCCCAUCCAAAUAGYUUUUCAUUAAUUGUGUACAAUUUCAUAGAAAGUAGCAGCAAGACAGUGCCUUUGUUACUGGAUGGCACAAAGCCAUGUUAUGUUUAAGUUCAUUAAACAUGAUAUGGCAGUUCAAGUGCGGUUCUACUCUAGGAAAAAAAAACACCACAAAAUUAAGAAACUCAAGAACAGUUAYUAAAAAUCUCAAUUUCUUUUUGCCCAGCAAUGUCUCCAGGACAAAGCUGUUAAUYUUAAAAUAUGCUUGCCCUGGCAUCUGAAUUUUAAAAUGUAUCCAGUAAAAGAUCUGGAUACCUGCUGAUCCAGCUUAAAUCCCAUGCUCCUAAGAAGCASGAGAAGCUGGAAACAAACAUUAAGUUAUUUAAUGAAGCACACAGAGCUGUGAAUGUGCCCAUGUGUUGGUUUUUUUGAUACAGAAUUAUUUUUAAAGAGUAGAACUGCACUUUUAUGGGARAAUGAAGACAUUUUAUUUGUAACUAGUUGUGCUUAACUCUGAAGCUGGUAACAUUAGGAAAAGAGCUAUUUAUAUUAUUUGUUAAUGAAGCAUUUGUAAAAGUUCUCAACAUACCACAUAUAUAUGCAAAUAUAUAUAUAUAUUUAAACUUAAACUCAGAAUGCAGAAAUACCUAAAGAAACCACGCUUUACAGUAUCAAACUCAUAAAUCCAGAUAUGUAAGCACACAUAUUUAAAGACACCAUAGCUUCUGCUGAAAUUAGCUAAUCGUUCAUGUUUUCUCUCAGAGCAGCACGUCCAUAAAACACUGUCCUGGUUAGUGUUUUACCUUUCCCCCAGAACUCUUGCUCAGCAAUUUGUACUGUCUACUGUGUCCUGGUAAGAGAAAAUUUCUACCAUUCCAGCAAGAAAGUCAUCAGAACAGCUGCUUACAGCACAUCUGUGCACUGCAACCCACUGCAGACGGCAGAAUAAACCUAUAAACUGGUGGGAUUUCACAGAAACUAGAGAAAAAUUAAAAGCAUAAGCAAGACAAAUGUUUUUUUGCUACAUUUACUUCUACAGCCUAUCCUUUGAAGACUUUCUCUAGUCAAUAUUGCAAUGAAGCUGCCUGUUUAUCCAGAAUAUUCAUUUAAAUGUUUUCCUAUUUCUGCAUGACAGCAGCUUGGUAAUAUUUAACAGAAUGAAAAGUUUCAAAUCGCUGAACUAAUUCUAGAAAAAUGCUUUAMAUUUGAAAAUCCUAUUUGCAAAGCCAGUCGUAAGAGGUUACUUUUUAAAAAAAAAGCCAUUCACAGGCAGAUGUUGGAUUUUUGUAAAUAAAUAAAGUAUACUUUKUCACUGAYUUUUAUGCAAAGUUUUACCAAAAA